AUGUCCCAAAUCACAGUAGGGCCGCCAGACCUUAAAACGGCUGAUCCACGUGCGGUGGCUCUGGCCAAAUACCUGCGGCACCACGAGCUCUUGAAACAGCGGCCGGCUUUGCUGAAUGGCGAGCGCAAGGAUUUUUUCCGCUUCAAACGUGCUGCUAGAGCGCUGCAGGACCCGGCCUAUGAAAAGGCCCGGGCUAAAAACCCCCUGCUGCCAGAGGUCGACACUCCAGACAAAUUAUCCGAGGCUAUCCGAUUACUACCUUUGAAUCGGCUCGCGUUCAACGUCACCAAGCUCGAGACUGACUUUGCCCUCCAGAACGGUCUGAAACCCGUUUCCGGUGUGCCGUGCUGCAUGGUCUCUCCAGAGCAGCGUAACGGCCCUGACGAGUACUACAUGUGGUUCUACAGCCCUGCUCCUCUUAAACUGUAUCUCCAGGGCAUUGGUAUUCUUGGUGCCGUCGUGGCCCUCAUCUUCUUCCCCCUAUGGCCCUUCAAGGCCCGCAAACUGGCUUGGAUGCUGUCGCUUUGGGCGCUUGUCUUUGUCGCGUUGAUGAUCGUUUUGGCAAUUGUCCGCUUAAUUUUGUUUGGACUCACCCUUGUCCUCGCCCCUCCUGGCAUCUGGCUGUUCCCCAAUUUGUUUGCUGACGUCGGCUUCCUCGACAGUUUCAGACCGCUCUAUUCGUGGCGCGGCCAACGCACUUUGCCUCAAAAGGUCAAGCGUAAGAAGCGAGCAAGAACUCCAGUGGGUGCGGCCCCGGGCGCUGCUGCCGGCCAGGCCGCUGGUGCCGCUGGUGCCGCUGGUGCCUCUGGCUCUCGUGACGCGAGCCCUCAACCCGGCCAACCCGGCCAACAAAUGAGUGCUGAGCAGCAGGCUGCCAUGGCUAGAAUCCAAGCUAAUCCCAUGCUUCAGCAAUUAAUGGCCCGCACGCUUGGCCAGGCCAACGAGCGCGUCGAGCAGCGUCUUCGCGAGAAGGUCGCCCAAGAAGACAUCAAGGACCCCGAGCUCGUCAACAAACUCAAGAUUGAAUACAUGCAACAAGAACUCCAAAACGUCCAGGCCGAACUCCAAAAGGCCGGGCUUGUUCCCCCCGGUGCCAAAUUGACUCCUCAGCUUAAAAAAUGA